AUGCCCGACGGCUACGUCUCGCAACGGGCUCUGUCCAACUUGAUUCGCCCGACGCCGGACCUGCACGCCGUCCGCGCCCACUGCUUCUACAACCAGUAUGACCCGGCGACCAAUCCGGGGGGCAUCGUGGCGCUGGCCAUCGCCGAGAACAAGCUCAUGCGCGAGGAGAUCUGCGCCCACAUCAACGCCCACAUGAACAUCACCCCCUGGCACCUGACGUACGGCCACGGGCCGGCCGGGGCGAUCGAGCUGCGCAGGGUGCUGGCCGGGUUCGUCCGUGAGGUGUUCCGGCCGAGUAUGCACAUCGACGAGAACAACGUCUGCAUCUGUCUGGGAGCGGGCAACGCGGUGGACAAUCUCUCCUUCUGUCUGGGGGAGCCCGGCGACGGUAUUCUCGUGGGCAGGCCGUUGUACGUGGGAUUCUUCCCGGACAUUGAGGCGCGGGCCAAGGUCAAGCCCGUCCUUGUCCCCUUUGGUGUCGACACAGAUCCCACCUCGGCGGCAGCUGUGCCCUUCUACGAAGCCGCUCUCCAGCAAUCCAACGCUGCGGGCGUGCCCAUCAGGGCGAUCCUCCUGUCCAACCCGCAUAACCCGCUCGGCCGACCAUACGAGAACGACUUCCUGAUCGGGAUCAUGCGACUCUGCUCGAAGUACAACAUCCACCUGAUCUCCGACGAGGUCUAUGCGCGGUCGAACUUCCCAAGCACCGAUGUCCCCAGCCCACCUCCCUUCGUCUCGGUCCUCUCAUUCAAAUUGGACGAUUACAUCGACCCGUCACUGGUGCAUGUGAUCUACGCCAUGAGCAAGGACUUCUGCGCCAACGGCAUCCGCGUCGGUGCUCUCAUCUCACCCGCCAACGGCACGGUGAUGAAGUGCUUCCGUGCCGUGGCGAGCUUCAGCCGCGCAUCGCAGCUUGCAGAACACGCCUGGCUGAAUCUCCUCACCGACCGUCCGUUCUUGGAUUCUUAUUUCCCGACCCUUCAACAGAGGAUGACGGACGCGUAUGAAUUCACCACCUCAUUUCUCAAACGGCACGGUAUUCCGUACAACAAGGCGAGCGUGACAAGUUUCAUCUGGGUCGAUCUGAGUAAGUACCUCCGGGAGGACAGCGUCGAGGCGGAGUUGGAACUCAACUGGAAAAUGGCCCAUGGCGGGGUGUGGGUAGCCAUGGGGGCGAGCUUUGCCAGCGAAAAGAACGGCAAUUUUCGAAUCACCUUCGCGACACCCCGAGAGGAGCUGAGUCUGGGCCUGGACAGGUAUGACAUUGCGGCUCUUCCUGCCUGGCUCGUUGUCCAAGACUGUGGAUCACGUUGCGCUGACCUUUUGUCGUUUGCCAGAUUGAUCAAAGUUUUGCAAGAUGUCGAAAAAGAAAUGAAGAGGUAA